GUGUCAUCUGGUGGUUGGUUGGCCCUGCAGCGCCCACGGACGACUCCCUCCCUCCACCCCCCAUCGCCGGACCUCCUUUUCCAGUCAGCCUCGUUCCAUUUCAUUUCGCUUGGAAUUUGCAUGAACACGGGGACAUUUUGGUAGUUGGUUCCGGUUGUUCAACGCGAUUUGUCCCGGAAUUCUGCGAGAACAUCUUCCGUUUCUGUUUGGGUCACCUUUCUCCGUCAAUGGUGGACGGAAGAGAAGUGGGAUUGCCCAAAACUCUCUUUAGUGGAGCUCGUGGUGGAUUUUCCCCUUUAAGCACCAUCUGCACUAUCGCAAGAUCCUCCUGAAUCUUGCUCACUCGUCUCUUUCUUUUCGCUCUCUGUUUACCAAGCCCCUCUCGAGACUCAGGUCUCGACACCCAAGAUCAGAUUCUUCGUUCUUUGGCAUCCAAAACAUGAACUGCGUCAAUUUGAGCACCACCUGUUCGAUCUUUAACCAUGCAAGCAGAUCCAAUUUGCUUCAUCCCCUGAAAGGUCCAACCUUUCCUCCGAUUUCUCCCAGACCCACCAAACCCAUUUCUCAUUCCUCUCCCAAGUUCCGGUUCUCUGUCUCCGCAAUCCUCACCAAGGAAGAAGAGGCUAUCGCCAAAAAUAAAGAAGGCAGACCCCCUUUCAAUUUCAAGGAGUACAUGCUCCAGAAGGCGAAUUCUGUGAACGGGGCGCUAGACUCCUCGGUCUUGCUCCGGCCGCCGCUGAAGAUUCAUGAGGCCAUGAGGUAUUCGUUGCUGGCCGGCGGAAAGAGGGUCCGCCCGGUUCUGUGCAUAGCAGCGUGCGAGCUCGUGGGAGGGCAGGAGUCAAUGGCCAUGCCAUCGGCUUGUGCCGUUGAGAUGAUCCAUACUAUGUCUUUGAUUCAUGAUGACCUUCCCUGCAUGGACAAUGACGACUUGCGCCGCGGAAAGCCCACGAACCACAAGGUUUUUGGCGAGGAUGUUGCAGUUUUGGCUGGAGACGCCCUCUUGGCGUAUGCAUUUGAGCACAUUGCAGUAGAAACCAAGGGGGUUUCAUCCACAAGGAUAGUCAGAGCAAUCUUCGAAUUGGCGAGGUCGAUUGGAGCAGAAGGCCUAGUCGCUGGCCAAGUGGUGGAUAUAAGUUCUGAAGGAAUUGCUGGUGUAGGAUUGGAGCAGCUUGAGUUUAUUCACAUCCACAAAACUGCGGCGUUGCUUGAAGCGUCUGUUGUUCUUGGGGCAAUUAUGGGAGGCGGGUCCAACGAAGAAGUUGAGAAGUUGCGGAGUUUCGCAAGGUGUAUUGGGUUGUUAUUUCAGGUGGUGGAUGAUAUCCUGGACGUGACCAAGUCUUCUAAAGAACUGGGUAAAACGGCCGGCAAGGACUUGGUGGCCGACAAAGUCACAUAUCCAAAGCUAAUGGGCAUUGAAGAAUCUAGGGAGUUGGCCAAGAAACUGAACAAGGAUGCUCGAGAACAACUAUCCGGAUUUGAUAUAGCAAAGGCAGCUCCAUUGAUUGCUUUGGCAGAUUACAUUGCUAACAGGCAGAACUAAUUGUUGACCUUGUUGUGCAUUUUCAUCUUCGGCACUGUCAAGACUUUUCUGGGUUUCGGAGUUCUUGCUUCCAUUGCCAAGGGGUCAGUUUCUUUCUUUUGCAUACCCUGUGCCUUGACCGAGAAUAACAGCGACCGAUGCCGUGAUUAGCAAUGCGUGAUCCCUCUGCCAAACCCCUGAACUCAUGUUUUCGGCGUCUAGGUCAUCAUCCUUUUGGUUCUCCUCUCAGGAUUCAACAACUUGUGAUAUAAACCGGAUGGGAAGUUAUGUCC